GUGACACCUCCCAAUCUGGCUCGUGAAUUUGUCUUUUGGUACCGUUUCUAAGACUGGGGAAUUACAACGGCGUCUAUGACUGGAUAUCCCCCUUCAUUUAACAAAUUCUUCAUUUCCUUCAUGCAUCAAUGUCUGGGUGGUCUCAGCUCCCUCCAGAUCUUAUAGACCUAAUCGCCAGACACAUAAGUUCUGAAAUCGAUUUCAUCCGCUUCCGUUCCGUCUGCUCUUCCUGGCGAUUCUCUGUCCCGGAGACACCCUACCGCUCUUACCCGACCCGCUUUCCUGUUAUUCCAAAUGACGGAAUCUCUGAUGCUAGUUGGGGCUUUAAGCUCUCAAGGCGCACCAUUUACUUGAUCCGAUCACCCGGAGAUCAUGACAGAACCGCCUCCGCAUCCAAUUCCUGGAUUGUUAAACUCGGUUCUGAUUCCCCCCACCGAUUGCGAUUGCUGAAUCCUCUUUCCAGAUCUCAUUUGAAGCCACUCCCUUCGGAUUUCCCCAAAUGUGUUGAUAUCUCGCGAUACCCCAUUCUCGAAUUGGGGCAAGAGUACGCUCUUCACUUCAUAAACUACAGACCUUUGGCUAAUUCAGUUGGUGAGGCUGGCAAUUUGUAUAUGGAGAAGGUCGCCUUGUGUCCGGAUAAACACUCGUCAGGGUUCGUGCUUUUAACCAUUCAUGUUUCCGGGAGAUUGGUUGUUUAUAGAUCGGGUGCUUCGAACUGGACAGUCAUCAACGACCUGAGUUCACCCUACGAUGACGUGAUCACCAAAGAUGGUCGCUUUUAUGCAGUUGAUAAUACUGGUAGGACUGUGGUUUUUAAUAUGGACUCCAUGGAUUUUAGUGACAUUGCGAAACCUGUUUUUGGGGGAGACAAGAAAUUCCUGGUGGAAUCUUGUGGAGACUUGUUAAUGGUUGAUAAGUACUUAACUGUGGGGCCCAAGGAUGAUCUCGGAUACAGUGAAGAGUUUGAAUUCUACGAAGAGCUCGAUUGUUUCAUGAACGAGAGAACUCUGAAGUUUAAGGUUUAUAAAUUGGAUGAAGAAGGGCAUCAAUGGGUUAAGGUUUCAAGUUUGAAGGACAGGAUACUCUUCUUGGGAGAAAAUUGCACAUUUUCUGCUUUGGUCUCUGACCUUAAUUCUGAAUGCAAAGGGAACUGUAUAUUGUUUGCAGAUCUCUUAUUGUACGACAAGGAUGAAGAAGAUGAAGGAGGAGGUGUGUGGACGUUUCAUGGUAUAGGCAUGUCUGACUUAGAAAGUGGCAACAUUGGUCCUAUUAGUAGUAAUGCUGGUUAUUCUGAGCUUUUUUGGCCUCCUCCUCCUUGGAUCUCAUCUACUUCAGAUAUUGAAAAGGAGAUGGACCAAUUGGGUAUUUGAAUUUGUUUAGUCAAAAUAAGAUGUGAAGAGAUAUGUGCUCACCAAGCUGAUUCGAUGGACAGUCAUGAAGUAAUUCCAGUUCAUGAUUUUACGAACUAGUGAAAAUGUGCGUGUUUAUUCCAGUUCAUAUAUCCCUACUCUUUUAUUGGGGAUGUAUGCAUUCCCUUAUGUAAUUGGAGUUGGUGAACUUAAUUUUUUUUCAUCAAUUAAUUAGGGUUUAUGUUUACAUUUUGGUUGAAAUAAGGAACGAUUCCUGGUUGAGGAUUUAAUACUUUUCAGUAAUGGGAAAAUAACGCAGCAUAAUAAUAACCUAAUACGCGGUCAGCCAAACCAUAUUCUCAUA